AUGCCCCCCUCCCCUCGUUACCUGGCAACAAAACGCUUUAGGUGGAGAUCAAGCAUACUAAGAGACAACGUGUUUUAUCAAAGUCACCUGAAUCAGUUUCUAACGCCCGCAGUCGGAAGUCAUCCUCAGUGGCUGCUGUGUUACCGCGCCUCCACUCAUGGCUGGGACGUCAGCACCUUCCACAGUAAUUGUGAUGGUAAACGUAACACAGUCACCAUCGUGAAAGCAGGACAGUACUUGUUUGGAGGGUACACCGACAUUCCAUGGGAGUCCAGUGGUGGGUGGACCAGCACUCCAAAUGCUUUCUUAUUUUCUCUCCACAAUAAAGAAGGACUGGCUCCAUUUAAAAGCGUGGUAAAAAAGCCAUAUAGGGCAAUGUUCAGGCAUUCGUGUUGCGGUCCAGUAUUUGGUACUGGUCAUGAUAUUUAUAUCACGAACAAUGCCAAUAGUAAUCAUAAUUCCCAUGCCAAGUUUGGUUAUGAAAAUGUUUAUUCCGUUCCAAGUGGUGUACAAAAUAAACAAGCCUUGCUGGCUGGUAGUCACCCCUUCACACCUGAUGACUGGGAGGUGUUUUAUCUGGGAUAAGUGGCCUUGGAAGACUGAAGAAAAAGCUAAACCAUUUACUCGCUCAACGGACUCUUUGUAUUUUUAACGCAAACAGCACUUGACGGAUAUCGAGUUUUGACAGUACUUGACGGAUGUCGAUGUAUUUUCAUUACUCAUAUGUAUGUCAGUUAUCUACUAAACUGUAAGCAAUGAGAACUUAAUAAAUAUGACUUAUAAUCUGUGCAAUCAUCAAGCUAAACUUGUAAAUCAUUUUCAUUUUCUGUUAAUG